UUCCUGUGUUAAGAGAAAGCCAGGUGGUGUGUUUCGGUAGGUGUUUUUGAGAAGUGUGACGAGGCUUAUCGAGUUUGUGUAAAAAGACCGAAAAUAACCCAUAAUGAGUUGGUCGGAGGUAAAACAAGCAGCAGAAGAAAAUAGAUAUGAGCUGGUUUUAUUUGGAAGUGUUAUUUCUGAGCGCAUUUCUGUAAGUGGUUUAGACCCAGCCAUCUUCCAGUUAACGAGACUGAAUUUCCUUCAGAUCUCAAAUACCUCUCUAAACCAUGUUCCUGAUGAGAUAGGUAACUUAAUCAAUCUGAGGACUUUAGACAUGCAUCGAAAUGCAAUUAAAAGUAUCCCUUCUACUAUUGGCAAGCUUAAAGACGUGAAGGCCAUUGAUUUCUCGGGGAAUUCUUUGGAGAAGUUACCAGCUGAAAUUGGUCACAUGGAACAUCUACAAACAUUAAAUUUAAACUGUAAUGCUCUUACGACAGUUCCACCUUUAAGAAAUGCCAAAAACCUCGCAAGACUUGACAUCUCACAUAAUCGGCUAGAGAGCCUGCCAGAGGGUAUAUUCAAUCUGGAGCUUAUUGCAGAAAUCUAUGCGGCCAAUAAUCUUAUCCAAGCCCUUGGUAAUGAAGUAGGCUGUCUCCAUGUUCUGAAAGUCUUAGACCUCUCUGAGAACAAACUAGAGGCCAUCCCAUGUGAGCUGGCUGAUUGCCUGAAGCUAAAGGAUUUAAAUCUAAAGGAGAACCCAAUUAAAGACAACAGAUUGGGAAAGCUAAUAAAACAAUGUAAAACAAAAGCUGUAUUGGACUACAUUGCUACAUUGGAUAAAGAAAAAGGCAAAGGUAAAAAAGGUGGGAAGAAAGCCAGGAAUAAGAGAGCCAGUGAAGGUGAUAAAGAAGCUCAAGAUGCAGAUUCACAGCUUCCUCUUAUACAGGUUAUUCAUAGUGAUCGCAUCAAAGUCACAGUACAGCCAAGUGUGCUUCAAGUUAGGCCAUACAUAGUGUGUACUCUCGUCAAGGAUCUUGACCUUUCCGUACCAGCAAUGUUCAAGAAGUUUAUUGCAGUUCAGUCACAGCUUCAUGAAAGUCUUUGUGACAGUCGUGUUCUGGCUACCAUAGCAACCCACAGCCUAGAAACACUGUCAUUACCUCUUACAUAUGAUGCUGGCAAAUCAGAGGAAGUUGAAAUUCUCCCACUUGGAAGACAGAAGCCUGUAAAAGCUAAAGAACUAGUGGAUAACCUGAAAGCUGAGGCCAUAAAACAGAAACAGAAAACAAAGAGAAAUCCUCUGAAGACUGGUCUCUAUAAGUACCUUAACCUUGUUGAUGGAGUAGAGAUGUUUUCCUACCUUCGAGAUGACACUGGAGCUGUGGUCUCACUUCCUCCCGUCACUAAUAGUGAAGCAAGCAAGAUCAAGGCUUCCAAGCAAGAUGUCCUUGUUGAAUUGACAUCAUCAAAAGAAUUAGCAGUUUGUAAGCAAGUCAUGGAUAGCCUCAUUCUAAAGAUGAUUGAGGCUGGUUUGAAGUCAUGCCCAAGCGCAUCAGAAGUUCAAGCCACAAAACAACCACAGCUUGUCUUAGAGCAAGUCAGGGUUGUAAAUGAUGAAGGACAGUUGAAGGUUGUUUACCCUUCUCAUGUCGAUCUUUCAUCAGAUUCUGUGAAAGUUAUAUUUCCCCAAUAAUCAUGCCUGAACAUUAACUUCCUUGUAAUGAAACAUCUGUAAUUAAGAUGUUGUUUAGUGUUGUAGUGCCCAUACUGUAGGUGCAAGGGCAGUGUUGUAGUAGGGGCAUAGCUGUGACCCCCUUAGUUUCUCGAUGUCUGUAUUGUGCCCUUCUCCUCUAGUAUUUCAAGGUGGCUGAGGCCCCGGGAUUCCUGAGCCUCAGGCAAUGUGCACUAAUCUACAGGGUAGACCAAGUCAAAACUGUGCUACCAUACAUGGCUUGUAAGAACUUAGCCCAGCAUACUUAUAUAACAACAGCAGCAGUAAUGAAUCACUAGAGAAUUAGGUGUUAGGAACACUUCAUAGCAAAGAGUUUGCCAAAGGAAAGAUGGACGUAAAACCAUCUAUUAUGUUUAAAUAAAAAAUAAACUUGAUACUAAAAUAC